CGCGUACACACACAUUACACAAUCAUCAACUGACGCAUCCAACACAGCGGGUAAGUUCAGUUCAGUCAGCGCGAAACUAGAAGCUUCUCAUACACAUAUAUUCGCACACAGUUCUUCCAUCCUUCCCUCGUCUCUGCAAAUCAGGGUCUUUCAUCAACCCCAAUAUUACCACUAAUUAUCUCUUCCCUCAUGCAUUCGAGAUCUUCAUUCUCCGUUUGAUUUCUAAAGCUUCCCGGUUUGCUCUAUAUUUUCCCUAUCAAGGUUUUGCCAAAACCCUAAGGACUUUGUUUCGUCUCAACUGUGAAUCACCGUCAAUGGCGGAGCACUUGGCUUCGAUCUUCGGCACCGAAAAGGACCGCGUGAACUGCCCCUUCUAUUUCAAGAUCGGCGCGUGUCGCCACGGCGAUCGCUGCUCUCGCCUCCACAAUCGUCCGACGAUCUCUCCCACUCUUCUCCUCUCCAACAUGUACCAGCGUCCUGACAUGAUCACGCCCGGCGUCGACGCUCAAGGCCAGCCUAUUGACCCUUACAAGAUUCAGGAACACUUCGAGGAUUUCUACGAGGACAUUUUCGAAGAACUCAACAAGUUCGGCGAGAUCGAGAGCCUCAACGUCUGCGAUAACCUCGCCGAUCACAUGAUCGGCAACGUCUAUGUCCAGUUCAAGGAGGAAGAUCAGGCUGCGGCCGCUUUGAAGGCUCUGCAAGGGCGGUACUAUUCCGGUCGCCCCAUCAUUGCCGAUUUCUCGCCGGUCACGGAUUUCCGGGAAGCCACGUGCAGGCAAUUUGAGGAGAACAACUGCAACCGAGGGGGUUACUGUAAUUUCAUGCAUGUGAAGCUGAUUGGGAGGGAUUUGAGGAGGAAGCUAUUCGGGAGGUACCGGCAUUUCAGGGGAACUCGGAGUCGGAGCCGGAGUGCGAGUCCGCAUUACCGGAGGGAGUAUGAUAGGCGUGGAGAGUAUCGGGACCGUGGGGACUAUAGAGGCAGUGGGCGGCGAAGCAGUGACAGGAGGUAUGACAGUGAUGGGGGAAGGAGGAGACGUGGGAGUCCAAGGCAGAGCAGGAGCCCAACAAGGGAAGGGAGUGAGGAACGCAGAGCCAGGAUUGAACAGUGGAACCGUGAGAGGGAGGAGAGCUGAAAGUUUGGACAAAAGAUAUAGAAGUGAGGAUAUGAUGCCAAAAAAAUGUGUUUGCCUGAUCUGGAUUGUGAAAUUGGUGAACCUGUUCAAAUUUAGGCUGGAAAAAAUCCUGUUGAGGUUGGCAAUGCGAAAACCGGGCUGACUGUUCCUGCAAAGGGCAUAACACGGAAGAGUUGAGUGCCAUGGUUGGACGGGGCUGGCUUUGCUCCCAUAUUAGGUCUUGAAACACCUCCAACUUACCCCCCUCUAACCUCCCUAAUUUCUUAGUUCCAGGUGUAACCAGUAAAAGGUAAAUAUGCACAAGGUUACAAAAUACUCUCCCCUGACUCCCUCAAUUCGUAUGGAGUUUUACUCCAAGAAAAGAAGACUCAACAUUCAUUCCUUUUUAGCAUCAUCUCCGGCUCCUCAUAUUUUGUUGCGUAAAAUUUGAUGAAUCAUCCUUGGGGUACCAACGUAUUCUCACGUGUUAUGGCAACAGGAAAACAUUAUAUUAGGCCAAGUGAGUUGUAUAUUGCGAGAAAAGCAACUCUACUUAGGAAAUCCAUGCUGAUGGCAAUAAUGUCUGCAAUCGGAUCCAUUUCAAUUUGUUGCAUAGUGUGAAAUUUGUUAAAAUGCAUAUUGCAAAUGUACACCAGCAAUUUAUUUCUUAUAGUUCUUCAAGCAGAAGUUUGCCUUUUCUAUUCCUCUGCUAAGGAUACUUAAAAUGGUUUAUUUUUU